AUAUUUUAAUUACUUCUUCUUGUUAUAAUAAUAAUUUAUAUUCGAGAAGAAUUUUUAUAGUUCACGAGAAAGUGAAAUGGCACCACCACCAUUACCAUCAACCACUAUUGUUCCGCCGUUUGUCAGCCUCAUUGUGAGGGUUGUUACUUUGAUUUUCUUGUUGAUUUCACUCAUCGUGAUCGCCACCAACAGUUAUACUAUUACUGUCAGUUUUAUUGAUAUCAAAACCAAGUCUACCGACUUUUAUGCUUACAGAUAUUUGAUUUCUACUGUGGUUAUUGGAAUGGCAUAUACUCUUCUCCAAACUGCAUUUUCAAUUUUUUUUGUGACCACUGGAAAUCGACUAGGUGGUGAGGGUUUCUGUCUAUUAGACUUCUAUGGUGACAAGUUUAUUUCCUACUUCCUUGCAACUGGAGCAGCAGCAAGUUUUGCAAUGACAGAAGAAUUGAGGAGACUUUCAAACAGUGAUAUCGAUAAAUUUCUCAACACUUCAAAUGCUGCAGCCAGUCUUUGUCUUUUUGGAUUCUUUUUUUCUGCUGCUUCAUCUAUUUUUUCAUCUUAUAAUCUUCCAAAAAGAGCUUGAUGUAAAAAUAAAAAUAUAAAAAAAAAUAAUUUUCUUUAUUUUUAUAUAUAAGUGGAUUGAUUUUGAGGGAUUAUUUCAAGAUUCUUUUGUAACAUAUUUGGGUCAAGUCAUACAGUGUUGGGUUGUAAUGUGUAUUUAAAUUGUAUCUAUAUUGUUAAGUAAAGUUGGUGACGUUUGUGUUAUUGUUAUUAAUUUCUUAUGUAAUUUUUGUUUUGAGAAUUGUGUUGUAUUUGGUGUUUUCAUGUAUAUUGUCAUUCUAGUAAUUGUAUUUUGCGCAGUG